GUUUCCAGUGCCAGCAGCUAGGGACAAAGCAUACAAUUCAGCAUCCAGUGUAUAGAAAACGCAAGGAGAGCAUAGGUGACCACAGAGAGCUCAUCAGCACAGAUAACCAUGCAGGCUGAUAAUCGAAAAAGAGCACCAGCAUGGACUGUACGGGAGGUACUGGAUCUGAUCGCUGUAUGGGGAGAGGAUUCAGUGCUAGCAGAACUUCGUUCGAAAAGACAAAAUGCCAAAACUUUUGAAAAAAUCUCCAAGGGCAUUAUGGAGAGAGGCCACAAUAGGGACUCAGAGCAGUGCCGUGUGAAAGUCAAGGAGCUCAGACAAGCCUAUCAGAAAACAAAGGAGGCAAACGGUCGCUCCAGGUCAGAGCUGCAGACGUGCUGCUUCUACGGUGAGCUGCAUUCAAUUCUAGGGGGGGCCCCCACCACUACCCCACCUCUGACCGUGGAUUCCGAGGCGGGGGUAAUCUCAUCAGCCACACCUGAGGAUUCUGCGGACGGGGAAGAGGAGGAGGAGGAUAAGCUUGCGGAGAGCACACAGCACUCCGUUCUCCCCAACAGCCAGGAUCUUUUUCUCAGCCUGACUGAAGUACCCUCCCAAGCCAGUACCCAAGACCAUGACCCCAUGGAAGGGACCUCAGCAGUUGCAAAUUUUUCAAGCCUCCCUCCACCGUCCCGAAGGCUAUCUCAGAUAAGGCGGCGGAGAAAGAGAUGUUCUCGGAAAUAAUGGAAUGCACCCACAAUGAAAGAGCUCAUUUGAAUGAGUGGAAGGACACGGUAUCUAAGUAGAGGAAAGAUGCCCCUCCCCUCUCACCAUGUUCCAUAGCCUCCUCACCCAGACGUGUAAGAAUGCAGGGGGGAGGCUCCGUGCACCCUCCCAUUCCACCCCAGUGGACAGCCCAACCAAAAGGCUGUCAUUUAUAUUGAAUUUUUUCAGUGGCCUUUUACUUCCCUCCUAUCCUCCUC